AUGUCUUCGCCAAAGUUUCAGAUCCCGCCAGAGUUCGAAUCAAAACUCCGUCAUGUUGAACCUCUCGACUCGCGCUCCGAUCAGGAGAUUCUCAAGUCUUUGAAAAGUCCUAUCCAAGUCACUUCAGAAAAGAACAUCUGGGCCUUUUGGGAUUCUGGUCUCGACAACAUUCCAAGCUGGGGCCAACGCAACAUCAUCAACUGGGCUCGACUCUGCGGUCCAGAAUGGGCGAUUCGCGUUUUGGACGACGUCCCAGACUCUCCCAACAACGCCUUGAACUGGGUCAAGGAAGACCAACUACCCGAGGCCUAUGUUGCACACAAGAUGGAUGGGCCCCGUGUGUGGACUGGUCCCCACAGCGCAGACUUCCUCCGCGGUAUUUGUCUGUACCAAUAUGGCGGUGCUUGGGUGGAUGUGGGCACCAUCCUCGUUCGGUCCAUAGACGAUCUCUGCUGGAAGCAACUCGAGGAUCCAAACAGCCCUUACCAGGUUUCCGCCCCUUGGAUGUACUCGAAUGUCGUAGCCAACCAUUUUAUUGCAAGUCGCAAAGGUGACAUGUUCAUCAAACACUGGCACGAUUUUUUCAUGGAGAUUUGGAAGGGCCGCAACAGCUCCGAUGGCAUUUACGCAAAUCCUCUCGUCUCCUUCGCACAAAACAUGAACGCCGAUGCAGUCGAAGCUCGGAACUUCAAGUGGAACUGGAGCGCUCCUCUCCCAAAGGUCCUGGAAGUUGCUGCGGUUAAAGAGCCUAAUGACGGCUUCGAUGGCGUCGAUUACUUCGACAAGAAAAUCCUUCUCCACGACUCGCUGUACGAAGACUGGCCGGCAGAAGCCAUCAUCGGUUGGAAUGGCGAGGACCUAUUCAACCUCUUCUCAGUCCGAUUGGACGCCGAUCCAGAGUCUGAAGAAUACAAGAAGGCUUAUAACGUCGUAUGGACGAUUUUGACUACAUCGACUAUGCAGAAGGUCACCCACGCUGCAGGCAUGACCGCGACCAAUGCAUUGGGGACUUUGUGGGAUAUGAAAGAGAACGAGAACAGGGACCAUGAACCUGGAACUUUUGCGGAGUUGCUGCGGUAUGGAAGCGUUCAUUUUGAACAAGAUCGAGUAGAUUGA